UUCUGGAGUGCAAUGGUGCUGUGCUAGCGACGGCUAAGCCUCUCGGGUGGGAGCUAAGGACAUUGGGGGCGGGUCCCUGCACGCACCCGCUCGAAUCUAUGAAGCCGAAGAAGAAGAAGCGAUCAUCGAGCUGGCUCAAGGUCUCCGCCACCAAGAGCUCGUUGGACUUACCAGGAGACAAGAAGAGCUGGAACUUGACCUCCCAGGACCUGGGAGAGCUGGAGCAGAAGGACGUUUACUUGGACAUCACCGAUCGCCUUUGUUUUGCCAUUCUUUACCAGAAACCAAAGAGGACCGCAACCACAUACUAUUUCUCCAUAGAUGACGAAUUUGAAUAUGAGAACUACUUCGAAGAUUUUGGACCCCUCAAUCUGGCAAUGGUUUACAGAUAUUGCUCCAAGAUAAAUAAGAAAUUAAAGUGCCUUAAAAUGACAAGGAAGAAAAUAAUUCAUUUUACGGGCCCUGACCAGAGAAAACAAGCAAAUGCAGCUUUCCUUAUGGGGUUACAUAAGGCGGUCCAGUAUGGCUUCCUUAAUUUUGAAGAAUUUGACCUUGAUGAUUACGAGCAUUAUGAAAAAGUGGAAAAUGGAGAUUUAAACUGGAUAAUACCAGGCCGAUUUAUUGCCUUCUGUGGCCCUCACCCAAGACGCCGACUUGAAAGCGGUUACCACUAUCAUACACCUGAAGCCUAUGUUCCCUAUUUUAAAAGGCACAAUGUUACCACCAUUAUCAGACUCAACAAAAAAGUAUACGAUGCCAGGAGAUUUACAGAGGCUGGUUUUGACCAUCAUGAACUUUUCUUUGCUGAUGGCAGCAUACCUAGUGAUGCCAUAGUGAAAGAAUUUCUGAACAUCUGUGAAAAUGCUGAGGGGGUUAUAGCAGUUCAUUGCAAAGCUGGCCUUGGGCGGACAGGCACCCUUAUAGCCUGCUAUAUCAUAAAGCAUUAUAGGAUGACGGUUCCUGAAACCAUUGCCUGGAUCAGAAUCUGCAGACCUGGCUCUGUGAUUGGGCCUCAGCAACAUUUUUUGGUGUCCAAGCAGGCAAGCCUUUGGGCAGAAGGAGACUAUUACCGCAAGAAGUUAAGGGACGAGGAAAAUGGGAGACAUGCACCUGCAGUCACAGAAAUUCUAACAGGGGUCGAUGACGUUUCAGUAAGUGAAACCCUGUCCGAAGAAACUAAAGAUUCCGGAUCGUACAGUGACCAUGAUGCCGAGGACAACCAAGCCCAAAAUGAGGAUGAGAAUGAGGAUGAAAUAAAUGGAAUGACACAAGGUGAUAAGCUACUUGCCCUGAAAAGGUUCCAGAGUCUGUUUGGUGCACCUGCAUAA